CGGAGAGAGGGAAGAUGGCGUCUCCGAGCUUCCCCACACCGCGGCACGGACACGUGGGCCGCGGCGCCUUCAGCAAUGUGUACGAGCCCGCGGAGGAUACGUUCCUGCUGCUGGACGCACUCGAGGCAGCAGCGGCCGAGCUGAGGGGAGUGGAAAUAUGCCUUGAAGUAGGGUCAGGGUCUGGAGUGGUAUCUGCAUUCCUAGCCUCUAUGAUAGGUCCUCAAGCUUUGUACAUGUGCACUGACAUCAACCCUGAGGCAGCAGCUUGCACUCUGGAGACAGCACACUGUAACAAAGUCCACAUUCAACCAGUAAUUACAGACUUGGUCAAAGGCUUACUACCAAGAUUGAAGGAAAAAGUUGAUCUUCUGGUCUUUAAUCCCCCCUAUGUAGUGACUCCACCUGAAGAGGUAGGAAGUCAUGGAGUAGAAGCCGCUUGGGCUGGUGGCAGAAAUGGUCGGGAAGUCAUGGACCGAUUCUUCCCACUGGCUCCAGAUCUUCUGUCGCCAAGAGGAUUAUUCUAUCUGGUUACCAUUAAAGAAAACAAUCCAGAAGAAAUUUUGAAAACAAUGACAACAAGAGGUCUACAAGGGACUAUUGCACUUUCCAGGCAAGCAGGCCAAGAAUUCCUCUCAGUCCUGAAGUUUACCAAGUCCUAACUUACUGUGUGUGCUGUGUAUUAUGCUGAUUUUAUAUAUUGAUAAUAUAUAUUAUAUUGAAUAUAUAUGUGAAUAUAUAUAUAGAGAGAAACUGAAUGUAUUUCACAUAUUUUGAAACUGAAGUCAUUUCUUCAUUAACAAGUGAAAUUGUCAGGUUAUAUAGAAAAAGGUGGGAAGGGCAUUGCAUUCCCUUUUCCCCAGGUAAUCAAGCCUACAGAAAUAGUUGCAUAAGUGCCAGUAAAUGCAUAUAGAAUAUAUAUUAUUUGCAUUUUACAUAUAAAACCUGAACAUGAGUGAUGUAUCCAGUCACUAAACAUGAGUCAGGUCUGAAGGUGUUUCUAAUGUACUAUUGAGGGAAAAAAGCAAAUUACAAAAGAGUAUGAUCCUGUAUGUAUAAUUUUGAAACCCAGCAGAGAGGGUAUGUGUGUAUGUGAACAUCGGAACGUCUCAGAAGAUACAUGGCAGGAGGGAACGGGGGACUCUUGCUCUCUUAGCAUUUGCACAAUGAUAACGUAUGACUUAUAUAAUUUUAAAAAGGUUUUCAUUUAAAAUUUUUUAAAAUUUACUUUCACUUGUUCAUUGUCUACAUUCUAUUUCUAUUAUUUGGAAUGCCUUCUGCCUCCAUGUUUCUCCCUGGUCAGAUUGUUCCUACCUUUUAUCCUUUGUCAUAUAUUUCUGUUUUCUUCUUGCCUAUAUGUGUAGGAUCAGAGUGAGUGGAAUCUAGAAUUUAUUUUUAAUUGGGCUACAUUCAGAAUCAACUGGAGAAGCUUUUUAAGAUUAUAAAUUCCUAAGCCCGACCAUAGACCCGUGGACUCCUCUGCUGAACAGACCUAAAAAUGGCAUCUUUUAAAACGUGCUUCCUAGUGUUCCUUAAGGUAGCACACCAAAUUUUAGAACUAUUUUGUUUUUUUUGUUUUUGAAGAUCUAUCUAUUUAUUUGACAGAGAGAGAGCACAAGCAGGGGGAGCAGCAG